AUGAACAGCAACCAAAUUACAAUUUUAAAAAGCGGUAGUAUUUAUUUUUUUUACCGUCCUAAAUCAAAAAGUAAAGAAGAAGUACAAAGAUUCUUCGUAGUUUUGUCUAGUCAAGCCAAAAAAUACCACGUAUUAGUAAUUGGUAAAAAACAAUUGCCGGUUGAAACUAAGGAUAAGUAUUUUCUUUUUGUGAAAGCAGUUAAAAAUUCUAAGGCGGAGUUAUUAGAAACUUUAAAAGAAGAAAAACAUCGAGUAGGAAAGGGCGAAACUAUUGAUCCAGUUGCUCAUUGUUUAGCCGAAGGAAAGUUUAUCAUUGCCAAGCACGGAAAUCAUGCCCACUUUAUUUAUCAAAUAACUAAACCCCCCCAACUAAAAGAAGUUCAGCAAGAAUUCAAUUUGCGAAAAGAAGACGAUUAUUUGAUUAAUGUUAAAAAUCCUCAUACUGAAACUCCAGCAGGAGUAGGACUAGGCGAAAAGCAAAAGGCUAAUUAUCCCCAAAAUUUACAAGAAAAAUUUGCUAGUUAUCGUUUUAUUCCAUUUGAUCCAGUAGACUUUUUAGAUUAUCCCGGAACAGAACUAUUAUUAAUUAACAAAAGCAAAAAAAACUUAACCGAAAGAGAAGAACAAUUAAAAAAAUGCCUAAUAGAGAUAAAAACUAUUGACUUAGUUGAGGAAUUUGCGAAAAUUACUACUCCCGAAGCUAUUUCUCCUUUAAAAGAAAAUUAA